AUGAAGACCUUUGCCAUCGCCGCCGUUCUCGCGGCUUCCGCUGCGGCCACCCCUACUGCCGCUGUCCAGAAGCGCGCCAUCACCCCCGUCACUGUGAAGGGAAAUGCUUUCUUUGCUGGCAACGAGCGUUUCUACAUCCGUGGUGUUGACUACCAGCCCGGUGGCGCUUCCGAUGCGAAGGACCCCAUCGCUGACGAGGCUGGCUGCAAGCGCGACAUUGAGAAGUUCAAGGAGCUCGGUAUCAACACCGUCCGCAUCUACACUGUCGACAACAGCGCCAACCACGACACCUGCAUGGGUCUCCUCGCCGAUGCCGGAAUCUACCUCGCUCUCGACCUCAACACCCCCAAGUACUCCAUCAACCGUGCCGAGCCCCAGAAGUCGUACAACAAGGUCUACUUGCAGAGCAUCUUCGCUACCGUCGAGAUGUUCGCAAAGUACGACAACACACUGUUGUUCUUCUCCGCCAACGAGGUCAUCAACGACGACAAGACCACCAACUGUGCUCCUUACGUCAAGGCUGUCACCCGUGACAUCAAGUCCUACAUGAACGCUCGCGGUCUCCGCAAGAUUCCUGUCGGUUACUCUGCCGCUGAUGUCGAGAGCAACCGCUACGAGAUGGCCGACUACAUGAACUGUGGUGACGAUGCCGCUCGCAGCGACUUCUUCGGUUUCAACGACUACUCUUGGUGCGACCCGUCUUCCUACACCACCUCUGGUUGGGACCAGAAGGUUCAGAAGUUCGGCAACUACAGCAUCCCUAUCUUCCUCUCCGAAUACGGCUGCAACAAGGGAACCCGAAAGUUCGAGGAGGUCAAGUCUCUCUACAGCACCGACAUGACCGGCGUCUACUCUGGAGGUCUCGUCUACGAAUACUCCCAGGAAGACUCCAACUACGGACUUGUUGAAAUCAACGGCGACUCCGUCACUGAGCGCGACGACUUCAAGGCCCUCAAGGAGGCUUUCUCUUCCACCAAGAACCCCACUGGCGACGGUGGCUACAAGUCCAACGGCCAGCCCGCCACUUGCCCCGACCAGUCCAAGACCUGGGAUGUCACCAUGAAGAGCGACGAGCUCCCUGCUGUUCCCUCUGGCGCCAACGACCUUUUCAAGAAGGGUGCUGGCGACGGCCCUGGUCUCUCCGGCUCUGGCUCCCAGCAGGCUGGUUCUUCCGAGACCAACCUCGCCGGUGCUGGUGACGGUGCUGUCACCUCCGGCGGUGUCGUUCCCAGCUCCACCGGUGGUGCCAGCGCUUCCGGCUCUGCUGGUGCCGCUGCUUCCGUCCGCCCCGAGUUCAGCUUCGCUCCUCUCGUCUGCGGUGCCGUUGUCCUCGCCUCCUCGCUCUUCGGCGGUGCUCUUAUCUUGUAA